CGGGGCUCAGCAGUAGUAGAGGACAUGUGACCAGAAAGGGAGGAGCUCAGUGAAGAGGAGACGUGGUGUGAGGUGAGGUCUCCAGAACUGACCCCAUUAGGACAUCGCUGUCUAUUAUUCAGUGGAGGAGUUGGAGGACACAAGGAUCUGUACCAGGACAUAGUCAUGAUGGAGGAUCACCGGCCCCUUACAUCACAAGAUGGAGUCAUUGAUAGAAAUCCACCCGAGAGGUGUCCCCGCCCUCUGUGUUCCCAGGACUGUCCAGAGGGAAAUGUCCCAGAGAACCAUCAGGUUGAAGAUCAAAUUAAUAUUGAGGUUGAGGUUAAAGAUGAACCAGAAGAGGAGACGGAUUUCUGGGCCGAUCAACAGAGUACGAGGGAAGUGAAGGAGGAAAUUCCAGGAGGUGUUUCCCCAGUUGGAAUCAUUGAUAGAAAUCCACCCGAGAGGUGUCCCCGUCCUCUGUACUCCCUGGACUGUCCAGAGGGAAAUUUCCCACAGAACUAUCAGGUUGAAAAUCAGUUUAAUAUUAAAGUUAAAGAUGAAGCAGAAGAGGAGACGGAUUUCGGGGCCGAUCAGCAGUAUGGAGUCAUUGAUAGAAAUCCACCCGAGAGGUGUCCCCGCCCUCUGUAUUCCCAGGACUGUCCAGAGGGAAAUGUCCCAGAGAACGAUUUGGAACAGCAGCAGCUGCUGCCGCAGCCAACUCCAGCCGAGUGGCAGCAGCAGCAUCAAGAGCAGCAGCACCAGAAGCGGCAACGUCGCCGACGUCGUCAACUGGCAACACCCCAGCUUGAGCAGCUCCAGCAACCAGCUCCAAUGCAGCAACCACAUGGAAGGGGAUUAAGGAGAGGUCAUCAUGGCAGACGGGGGGGAUCUGGCUCUAAUAAGGGCAGGACCGAACCUUUCGAAAAAAUUGUCAUCGACAAUGAUUUGCUUAUACAGAUGGUUCAUGAUCGUCCUGCCCUAUGGGAUCAGACAGAUCCACAGCAUGCAAAUCAUACCGCAACGAGAAGACUUUGGGAAGAUAUCUACUCCGCCAUCGUAGAGCGCGGCAAAUAUGUAUGGGAUGAGCUCGAGGACUGGCAGCGCAUCAGUUUUGGCGAACAAAUAAAAUGUAGGUGGAACUCAUUUCGGGACAGAUUUAUCCGUGAUGCAGGAGCGGAGGCAAAAACACCCGGUGGGUCGGGCGCGGUCCAGAAGCGGGCAUACAUCUAUAAGGAACAAUUAAGUUUUCUCCAAAAAUGCUCCGAAAUGAAGAAAACUUCUUCCAGUGUUCAAGCAGGGCCAAGCAGCUCAGAAUCUGGUCAGUUGGCUAGUGGUACAAGGGAACAAGUUGCCUCUCAAUCGGACCAUUCUUUCUUACCCGAAACUUCAUCUGGUGGGCCAUCUUGCAGAGCCAUCUCUGCUGGUUGUGGGUCUGUGGUCCAACAGAUGAGAUCAGAUAGGAGACGUCGGAAUGAUCUGGAGGAUCUUAUCAGCGUGUUGCAAGACGCCCUGAUAAGAUUGGACCAGCAAAUGCAUGAGUUAAGGGAUGAGGUGACCAGGCUUGUUCAACAGCAGGAGGGGGCGGGGCGGUCAGCAAGUCCCCCAUCUCCCAGUCAUUUGUUUCUCAACUCUUUGGUCAUUCCGAUGGAGCAGUUACCGAUUGAGAGACAAUUCGAGUUCAGGCAAUGUAUCAUUAAUAAGAUGAUGGAACUCCUCACCCACCCACCCUCCUAACCCCCUUCCUCCAAGCCCCAGCCAUACUCCCUACCCCCCCCCCCCCCCCCCCCCCCCCAGUCCCAGUUCCCAUGGUGGUUGCCUGAACUCACGUGGAGGUACCCACCACUUCCACUCCCCACUACCACUAGCUAAUCCACCGCUGAGGCCCAGAUGGAGGAGUUUUAAUGUGAGCCUCUGUUCCCAAGCUAUAGUGUGGAAUUGGAAUACAUGCUAUGGAAGAUUCUUUUGGAAUUUAUUCCAUUAUUGUUAAUAAAAAGACAUUAACGUUUUUCUUUAAAUAAA